GGAUUGCAUUGUGGGCCUCUCACACACUUACCGUCCGCCAUUUUCGUUGCGUUCAGUGUAUGUUUGUGGUGUCUUGUACGUCCUUUGUUUACACGUGGAAGAUAGAACCAUGAACUCUCAACAGACAGAACCUGAUCCAGAUGCCAUCAAAAUGUUUGUGGGUCAGAUCCCUCGAAACUGGGAUGAGAAUGAUCUCAAAACCAUGUUUGAGGAAUUUGGACCCAUUCAUAGUAUGAAUAUACUUAGGGACAAGAUUACUGGCCAAAGCAAAGGAUGCUGCUUCGUUACAUUCUUCACUCGUAAAGCUGCUCUUGAUGCACAAAAUGCUUUACACAAUGUUAAAACAUUGCCUACGAUGCAUCAUCCGAUUCAGAUGAAGCCAGCAGAUAGUGAGAAAAAAAGUGGCGCAUAUGGAAAUAACUUUGAUCAUACAGCUGAAGACAGAAAAUUGUUUGUUGGCAUGCUGUCGAAAAAAUAUAAUGAAAAUGAUGUGAGAAUGAUGUUUGCUCCCUUUGGAACUAUUGAAGAGUGUACGGUUUUGCGGGAUCACACAGGAACCACAAGCAAAGGAUGUGCUUUUGUUACAUUUGGUACCAGACAAAAUGCACAAAAUGCUAUUAAGAGCAUGCAUCAUUCCCAGACAAUGGAGGGCUGCUCCUCUCCCCUAGUAGUCAAGUUUGCUGAUACCCAGCGGGAGAAAGAACAGCGUAAAGCACAACAGAUGAACCAGAAUGUGUGGAACACAGGAUUCGGGGCGCUAGGGCCUCAGUACCUUGCACAGUUGUUGCAGCAGGUCACAGCCGGAAAUAUGAAUAGCUUUAACAACCAGCAACAAGGAGGCUUGGGUCUCAACAUGCAGCAACUUAUUGCAGCAGCUGCUGCAGCCGCAGGAAAUAACCCAGCUCUCUUGGCAGCAUUGGCCAGUUUGGGGACCUUGGCAAAUAGUGCAGGCAACCAACAGGGCAUGAACUCCGUGGGCAAUAACAACCAAGGUGGGAUGGGAGGCUUUGGUCAAAUGGGCAAUAGUGGAAAUUCAGCCUUACGUGGAAAUCAGUUUGGAAAUAUGGGAGGAGGCUCCGGCCUAGGAAAUAUGGGAAACAGUGGCAUGGGGGGUAAUAUGAAUGGCUUUGGCUCAAACAAUUCAAAUAGCAUGGAUGCUCUAAGCCAAGCUUAUUCAGGAAUUCAACAAUAUGCUGCAUCUUUUCCAAAUGCCUUCAACGCUCAGGCAGCUCAAUUGCAAGCUGCUAACAAUAAUGUUGGCGGCAAGCAACAGGAAGGUAUGAACCAAGAAGGCCCUGAUGGAGCUAAUCUUUUUAUUUAUCACCUACCUCAAGAAUUUGGGGAUGGUGACCUUAUGCAGAUGUUUAUGCCUUUUGGUACUAUCAUCUCUGCCAAAGUUUUUAUUGAUAAACAGACCAAUCUCAGCAAGUGCUUUGGUUUUGUGAGUUAUGAUAAUCCCCUAGCUGCACAAGGUGCUAUUCAGUCUAUGAACGGCUUCCAGAUCGGCAUGAAGCGACUCAAGGUGCAGCUCAAGCGACCCAAGAAUGACAGCAAGCCUUACUAGACAGACAACAGUUCAUGCGGGCAGGACGAAAAGAGGGAAAGAGAACACGUUGGCGUCUGGCGUGACAUGGCGUGUGUCUCCUGUGUCCCUGUGGCGUCGUCGUGCGUCCGUACUACGUCCCCAUCGUGCAUUUGUUUUUUCUUCUCCACUGUCCAUGUGUCCAGCAAGCAGUACUCGUCGGUCGGUCGGUUCCUUGUUGUCAACGUUUAUUUUUUAUUUCUUGUUAUUGCUGUUUGUUGUUUCUCCUGUAGUUUUCUAGUGUAUCCCCAUGCUGGGGUACCUCUUGUGCUUUUAGUUUUGUAUGCAUACAAGAUUUGUUUAUUAAAUUUUACUUAGAUUUGGGUUUUUCAGUUAUUAAAUUUGGUUUAGUAAUUGCUGAAAUGGGUUAAUAAUUCUCUUAAUAAUUUACAUGGAAGACUGUUUUGCCACCAGCAUUUUUAUUUCUGAUCAAGCACAAAUAUUUUUAGUAUUCAAUAGACGUGUUCUUUGAUUAUUUUUCUCAACAUAAAAUGUAUUGGUAUGGCAAUCUGAAAGUGUACAUAUUUUUAAACUUUUGAAUUUUAAUGGGGUUAAUUUGUAUUAUGUAUUUAGUUCAGUAUGUUAAGUGUUUCAAAUUGAACAUUUACAAUAUUUUUGUUCAGAUGUUUGUCUAGUGCUGCAGCUUGCAAAAAAAAAAAAAACUAAACAUUAAUUACAAGAUCAAAUCAAAAUAUUUUUUUCUGCUCAGAAACAAAUCACCAAAAUAUAAAACAAAAAUAGGUGCCCCAGUUUCGUAUUUUAAUUGUGAUUUAGUACUUCCCCAUGUAUGCCUCUGGAUCAUUAUUAAUAUAUAUAUAUUUAUAUACUGCUCUUUAUUUUUUAUUAUGAAUAGCUAACUUAUAUUUUGAAUCAUUGUUUGCUGUGCUUAAACUUUUCUGCUUAAAUUUUUCUACGUCUGUGAGAAAAACAAUUGCUUCACGAUAAAAUCAAACUUCAUCUUAAACAUUGAAGUUGAGUGGCAAAAUGUAAUGGGAAUGUAGUGCCACUUACUGUUUACACGCACGAAUGAAAUUGCUAAUGGUGACAUGCAUUUGUUUCUUCCAUCAUGUUUAAACCAACAUACAAAAAUAAGCAUCAAUGCUUCUACUUUCUCUACUUUGAACUGCAAUUGUCAACUGCAGAACUGGUAUUAGUGCAAAUAGUACGUAACUGGAACCAAGCGUUUUUAUACAUUGUCAGAUCUUUGAACAGAAAAAAGUAUUUCCCUUAAAAGCUGACAAUCAGUAUUUCAUGUCCUUUAUAUUUGUCUUUGUUCCACACUAGUCAUAAGCAAGUACUCCAUUCCCCACUUGUCACAACCUGUUUUACUGUUUUUUAUUUGGCGGGCAGUGUUGUAAUGUUAAAAUCUGUCUAUUUAUGUGUGGAAAUGUAUUACACAUUUGACAAAUAAUCUGAGGUCAUUUUCCCAUCCCUCAGUUUAAUGUUCUUUUUCUUAAAUUUAUUACCAGGGAAAAUAGUUUUUACCCAAUGUUGUUUAAAUAAAUCUCAAAUUUUUUGUGAUUGGAAUGACUAAUUCCAAUGUAUGUCAAUAUUGCCUCUGCGAUGGCAGAUUUUUUGUAGAGAAAGAAUGAAAGUACCUGUUCUCAGGAAAUUCUUGUUUGUCACUGUCGAUUUGUCUGGUGUCACUAAAAAAAUAUAUAUAAAGUAUUGCAAUUUUCAGUGUUCAACUUGUUUCUAGAGGGCAAAGGAGGCCUUUCAAUAACUGUUUGUUAACAUUUUUGUUAAUUAGAAUAGAAACUGUAGAAAGGUGUAGCUGAAAAAUAAGCAUUCUGAUAGUGGUUUUAAGAUUGUUGAAUCAGCUAUAAAAACAAAUUAUUGGCACAUUAAUUGUACAUUUAAUACUGGUUAUUGUUUAUUCCAGUUCAUCAAAAUCUAUAACCUAGACAAGCCGCAAACAAAUGUUUAUAUUUCUUUUUAUAAUCAGAAACAUUUAGAACUUUUUUUUUAAAACUACCUUCUCUGCAGCUUUGAGUUGCAACAAAUCAGUUUUCUCUUUGUCAUUAUUUUAAGGGUUUGUAUUGUAUCUUUGUGCAUUUUUUUUUAUUUUGGAUUCGUACCUUUUUGUUACUUCAAAACAGUUUGGAAAAAAAAAAGAAAAAAAGGUAAAAAUAAAGUGUAAAAUUAUA